AUGUCUACUCUAGACAACUAUUAUGAAAUCGUGGAACCAUACUUGGGACACGGAAAUAAACCAGGAGACAGACAAUACUUGGCACAUAUCCUGGAAACCUGGAACCCCAACAUCGACCCGGACAAUGAUAUCGGCUGGGCUCUACACUGGUCUAUCUAUCAGGGAGACGAUGCCGCUGUCCAGAUGAUGUUGGACGCUGGCGUCGACCCCAAUACGCGAGACAAGCAGGAUCCCGGCUUCACACCACUCCUGGCCGCUUCGCAGCAUGGCAACCUCGAAAUGGCUCGUCUGUUUUGGGAACGCGUCGGCCCAGAUGGACGGUUCGUUCCCAAAAAGAGAGGCCGUUCCGGCCCCGACUGCCUACAAAUCGCUGCUAGGAACAAUCACGCAGAUCUUACUACCUACUUCCUCGGCGCCUGGGACGGUUGGGACGAUGACGAGAAGCGCAGGGCGCUACUUGAUGCAGCAUCAGCCUGGUGCGAUGACGCUGUGACAGUUCUUCUGACUCACCCCGGCAUCAGCUACAGCCCCGAGGAUAUUCAAGAUGCCCUGGUAAGAGCGGUCGGUAAGAGGAUGAUUCUCCCCGAACACGAAACAAAACCAGCACCAGCUACCGCAGAUACAAGGCGUCAGCAGCAGCUGGUCAGUCGCCUUGUCGACGCAGGCGGAGACCCAGACGGCGACGACCGCCGUUCCCAUCAACCUCUCAUCCACGCCACAAUACUUUCACAUGAGUGCAUCGGCGGCCUCAGAGGCCUCCUGGAGAAGGGAGCAAACCCCAAUCGACCAGACUCUUACGGAAAGACCGCUCUUCACUACUUGUUUAGUCCACUUAGUCGUCAGCUCCCCGCUACUACUGCUCUUGAGCCUCUCCUCCUUCAUGGCGCGCUUCCUGUGCUCGCAGACGAAGUCGGGGAGACACCGCUCCACGCCGCUGCGAAGACAGGAACUUACGAGCAGCUGCAGCACUGUCUUUCGCACUGCCGUGCCCCGAACGCCGAGACCAUACAACUACGGAACUCUCACGGUGAGUCGUUGUUACACUACGCCGCGGUAGGAGGGCAGAGAAACACGGUGGAGUUUUUGUUGAACUCUGGUCUGGACGCCAACGUGGCCAGCAGCAACGGAUGGACGCCUCUCCUGUGCGCCUUAUCGCCCACAGCGUUGAAGACUGCGCAUGAAAUGUGCCUGACGGCCAACUUUCUACUCCAGCACGGCGCCGGCGCUGGUGUCGUGACGGACGAGGGAUGGACCGCCCUCCAUGCCAUGGGAUCUUGGCCGGCGGCGCGAGACUCGAAGAUCAGGGCAGAGGUGGCGAACCUCGCAAAAAGGCUCAUUGAGAGCGGCGCCCCCGUCGGUGUCAAGUCGAGGGUCAUUCGGAGUCUCUCUACCACUGCAGUCACGCUGUGCAAUGUCUGGGGUUUCCGUAUGCGAGACUUUGUGCAGAGUGCUAUCCCGUCGGCGCGGGAUUUGGGCCAAGCGGAUGUUACUACGCCGCUGGCAUGGGCUCAGAGAUGCAGUUCCACGGAUGUUAUGGACGUCUUGCGGACAAGCCCAGCCUCGACUGACGGUGGCAGUGCCUGA